GUGAGGGAAAUGUCCUGAGUGGGGGUGUGGAGGGACUUACAAGGUGACUUCCAGCAGUCCAGGCUGGUGGUAACUGGCACAGUGUAUAAGAUGAUUUGAGAGAAAGGGAGGAAUCGGCCUGGCCAAAGGGAAGGACGUGUUUGUGUUAAGGAUAUAGAACUGUUGAGUCUAAGUUCUCAGCCCUGGUAUAGGGGCAGGAUUUAAUGGGGUCCCACUCAGGAGCCAAGUCCCCAGAGAGACGGGUGUUAGGGUGUAUCCUGUAUCUUGAUUCUCUCCCUUGGAGCAGAGUUGUAUGCAGUCUGAACCAAAUGUAACAUUCUUAUUUGUUAAAUAAGGAAACAGGCGCAGAGACCUGGAAUUAUCCACUUGGUGGCUUACCUGGCAGAUCCCAGCUUCUUAGCUCCUGUGUGUGUGUGUGUGUGUGUGUGUGUGUGUGUGUGUGACAGAGACAGAGACAGAGACAGGGGAGUUUCUUCCCUUUUCCAGGGCCCCAGUCUCGUCAGUGCCAGGAUGAUAGUCUCGGAUGCAUAAGAAAUAUGAGGAUUGAAACGCAGUGUGAUGGUCUUCAGUUUGCUCGUCUUUCACAUCCCUUGUGUGUGGUUUCUUAGCACCUCAGGGCUCAGCUGAUGUAAAAAAGAAACAGGGCGGCAGUGCUUUGUUAUAAUUAGUAUUUAUUUGCUUUCCUUGGGUAUGAGGGACACUGAUGCCCAGCCUGAAGAAGUGCUCCCGUAUUUGCCAGGAGGCAGGUGCAUCCACCCCCACACAGCAGUUAAUGGCACCUGCUUCUGAGAUGGCAGCGACCGAGGCUGUGCACCACAUCCACUUACAGAAUUUUUCGCGCUCACUUCUGGAGACCCUCAAUGGGCAGAGGCUAGGCGGUCACUUCUGCGAUGUGACUGUGCGCAUCCGUGAAGCUUCCCUGCGUGCGCACCGCUGCGUGCUGGCCGCGGGCUCGCCCUUCUUCCAGGAUAAGCUGCUGCUUGGCCAUUCAGAGAUUCGUGUGCCACCAGUGGUGCCUGCGCAGACGGUGCGCCAGCUGGUCGAGUUCCUGUACAGUGGCUCCCUGGUGGUGGCUCAGGGUGAAGCGCUACAGGUGCUCACAGCAGCGUCUGUGCUUCGCAUCCAAACCGUCAUUGAUGAGUGCACGCAAAUCAUUGCGCGUGCCCGUGUCCCCAGCACCCCGGCACCUGCACCUCUGCCACCACCCGUGCCCCCUCCACUCGCUCCCGCGCAACUGCGCCACCGUCUGCGCCACUUGCUGGCGGCCCGCCCCCCGGGUCACCCCAGCGCAGCGCACAGCCGCAAACAGCGCCAGCCUGCACGUCUGCAGCUGCCUGCACCUCCAGCACCUAUCAAGGCUGAGGGGCCGGAUACCGAGCCGGUGCUGACUGCCGCCCCUGAAGAUAGAGGUGAAGAGGAUGACGACGAAGAGACCGAUGAAGAGACCGACGCUGAAGAAGGUGAAGGCAGCGGCGUAGGCCCGGGUGAGAGCCAGGCGCCCCUUGCUUUCCCCGACUGCUCAGGGGGCUUCCUUACCGCCACCGCAGCUGACAGCGCACGUGAGGAGCCGCCUGCAUCCACUGGCAUCACUGAUUAUGGUGGUACCGGGAGAGAUUUCCUUCGGGGGACUACGGUGACCGAGGAUGUGUUCCCAGAUAGUUACGUGUCUGCCUGGCAUGAAGCGGAAGGCAACGGGGGUCCAGAAAGUUGUCCGGUGGAAACCUCUGCCCCACCUGACUGUGCCCUGGCUGGGCCUCGCCCCACUGGCAUGAAGACCCCUGGACCCCCCGUGGCUCUCUUCCCCUUUCAUUUGGGUGCCCCAGGGCCGCCAGCACCAACACCUCCGGCUCCAUCAGGGCCAGCCCCUGCCCCCCCUCCCGCUUUCUACCCCACGCUCCAGCCAGAUGCAGCCCCCAGUGCUCAGCUAGGAGAAACCCCGGCUGUACCUGCUGCCCCUGCUGCUCCUGCAACAGCCAUCUCAGGCCCUCCUGUGCGCGUCCCCGGUGCCUCGGGUGCUGAGCAACCCGCCUAUGAGUGUAGUCACUGCCGCAAGACUUUCAGUUCUCGGAAAAACUACACCAAACACAUGUUCAUCCACUCUGGGGAGAAGCCACAUCAGUGCGCAGUGUGUUGGCGAUCCUUCUCGCUGCGCGACUACCUGCUCAAGCAUAUGGUCACACACACUGGCGUGCGAGCCUUCCAGUGUGCUGUGUGUGCCAAGCGCUUCACGCAGAAGAGCUCGCUCAAUGUGCACAUGCGCACACACCGGCCGGAGCGUGCACCCUGCCCUGCCUGUGGCAAGGUUUUCUCACACCGCGCACUGUUGGAGCGCCACCUGGCAGCUCACCCUGCACCUUGAUUGGGAUCCAGCUGUACUCAGUGCGCAGGUGCAGUCAGACCCUUGGACUAGCUCCACUCCACCGGAAGGCUCUCACCUGUUUUCCCGGGACUUGGGAACCAGAACCCUAUAUCCCUCCUACACAUGCUUAGCAUCUCUGGAGGGGAUAUGGCGGGGUAGAGGAUGGUCAGGGACCCUACCACCUCAGAGAUCUAGACCAUUUCUAGGUUGAGCUGGGUCCACAGACUCUUGGAACCUGAUAGGGGAUUUUUGCCCUACCCCCUGUCGGGAUAUGAUGUCUAGGGUUAUCCUCUGCCCCAGUGCUGGGCUAGAAUUCUCUGACCUCACCUGUUACGCCUGCGAGUGCUGCGCUAUUCUCGGUACAGUUCGCUCGCCACUGUAAGUGAGCCGGGCAAGAGCCUGGAGAUUGAAAGAACACACAAGAGACCUGGGUCAUUCGAAAGAUGAUCAGCCGA